UGUAAACGUCAGUGGAAUCAGUUGGCAUUGAGUCGUACGACGUUAACAUUAACUUGGCACAACGAUAUAACUGGACAGCCGCAACAGUCUCGACGUGAUUACGUAAUCUUCCUCGAGCGCUCCGUGCAGGAGGCUCUCUUCCAUCUCGCAUUUCCGCCGAGCUAUUCUGAACUAUCUUUGCUAUCAGUUAGUGAGCAAUGGCAGGCAGACUAUUCGUGAGUUAUUUGCGACCUGUUAUUCAAGUCCAAAGAUGUGGACUGAUGACACUAGACAGAGUUGGUAAUAGGGAUGUAGUCGGCUUUGGAUAUAAUGGCGAACCUACUUACUUAGAUAGAACAGAUUUCCCCUACCCUGCAUUACGCUGGAAAGAAAACACUCCUGAUAUCAUGGCACUGAAAGAAAAGGAGAAGGGAGACUGGAAAAAGCUGUCGAUCGAGGAGAAAAAGAUUUUGUAUCGUGCCAGUUUCCGCCAAACAUUCAGCGAGAUGGAUGCACCGACAGGAGAAUGGAAGGGCAUUGUAGGAUUGUCUUUGCUAAUAUCGAGCGCUGGCAUAUGGCUGUAUUUGUACUUCAAGACAUUCGCUUACCCGCCUUUGCCUGAAACAUUCUCAAUGGAGAGACAAUUGGCGCAAUUGGAUCGCAUGAAGAAACUUGACAUGAAUCCGAUCGACGGUCUCUGUGCUCGAAAAUAAAUUAAUUAAAUUUAUCCACUACUAAUUACUUAGUCAUCAUGUACAGUAUCUCAUAUUCUCAGCGCUUGUGUAUGUAUAUACACAUAUAUAUGUACAAGUGACGAAAUUUUAAUAAAUGCCAUGUGGUUACAUUAG